GAUCAUGUGCGCACAAAAGGUGUUCUAACGGCAUAACUUGUAUGAUACCGCGUGCCUGUCACAGGUAAUUCCGUUUUCAAGCCUGGAACGCCUGAGCGCGAGCUUCAUGGCAGAAAAGGGCGUGCCGACGCCAGACGACGUGGCCAUCGUGAUGUACACCAGCGGGUCAUCCGGCGCACCCAAGGGAGUCGUGGCCACGCAUAGGAACAUCAUCGCGGCCAUAAUCGGGCUCAGCGCCGUCCGCCAGGCGUAUUGCAGCGAAGACGACACAUACAUCGCCUACUUGCCCUUAGCGCACGUGUUCGAACUGUCCGUCGAAUCGCUCGUCUUCGGCACGGGCACCCCGAUCGGCUUCUCCUCGGCGCUAACCCUGACCGAUGCCUCGACGGGCUUGGUCAAUGGGUGCCGCGGAGACGCGACGCUCCUGCGACCGACCCAGAUGGCCGCUGUACCUCUGGUCGUCGACAGGAUCUGCAAAAGCAUCUGCGAGGCCGUCGGCUCGAAGGGCCCUCUCUUCAAGGCGUUGUUCGAUUACGCCGUCGAGUACAAGGACUUCUGGCUCGACCGCGGCUUCGACACGCCGCUGCUCAACUUCUUCCUGUUCAGCAACGUGAGGCGCGUGCUGGGCUCGCGGCUCAGGGUUCUCGUCUGCGGCUCGGCGCCGCUGUCCACUCGAACGCGCCGCUUCGCCCGGGCAUGUCUGUGCUGUCAGGUGAUCGAGGCGUACGGUAUGACCGAGACGUGCGCCGUGGCCACCGCCAACGACGUUGACGACAUUAGCGUCGGACGAGUGGGUGCCCCGGUUCCGGGCUCCUACGUCCGGCUGGUCGACUGGCCCGAGGGCGCCUACCGGGUGUCGGACAAGCCCAACCCGCGAGGCGAGGUCGUCGUCGGGGGUCCCUGCGUCGCGCAGGGCUACUUGAAGAGGAAAGAGCUCACGCGCGAGGUGUUCACCUACGAGUCCGGGGUCCGCUGGUUCUACACCGGAGACAUCGGAGAGAUCUUCCCGGACGGCACGCUCAAGAUCAUCGACCGCAAGAAGGAGCUGGUCAAGCUGCAGUACGGCGAGUACGUCUCGCUGGGCCACGUCGAGUCCGUGCUCAAGACGUGUCCGCUAGUGGACAACGUGCUAGUGUACGGCAGCUCGCUGCAGACGUACUUGGUGGCGCUGGUGUCGCCGAACUACCGGCAGCUGCAGCGCUUGGCCGUAGACCUCGGCAAGUCGACGGUAAGGAAGCUCACCCUCAAGGAGCUCUGCGAAGACGCCGAAGUGACCAAGGCAGCCACCGAGUCCAUCCUCUCGUUCGCGCGCAAGAGCGGAGAGCUUCAGAAGACCGAGGUACCGCUCAAGCUGAAGCUGUGCGCUGACGAGUGGAGACCGGACAUGGGCCUGGUCACGGCCACCUUCAAGAUUCGCAGGAAGCCCCUUCAGGAUUUCUACGAGCGAGACAUCAAAGCUAUGUACGGUACGGCCGAGCAGGCUGUGGCGGCCCCGGCAUGAACUGCAGGCCUUCUUCGAGGACCGAAAUUUCAAUGCGCGUACGGCCAUGGCGUGCCUCUAUGAUGAUGACGAUGAAUAAACGUUCAUUUUCUAUACAGUAUC